AUCGCACUCUCUUUUUCGUGUACACCACAGAACUGGAAGUCUGGAAGUCUGGAAGUCUGGAAGUCUCUCAAAAUGCCUCCCUCCCCACAAACGACAAAACUAACCAGCACCCUCCACCUCCUCAUCCCGCGCCUCCGCCUCCUCCAAAAAAAAGACACCGCCAGCAGCGUCAUCCAGCGCCGCGACCUGUCAAGUUUACUGGCCGAAGGCCGCGACACGAGCGCCCGCAUCCGCGUCGAGAAUGUGAUCGCCACCGACACCGCCGUCGAAGCCAUGGAGAUGGUCGAGCUGUACUGCGAGUUACUUCUGGCGCGGGCGAACGUGCUCGACCAGGCCGCGUUCGGGGAGAAGGGCGCGCAGGCCCGGACUCGCGCGAGACUGGCCGCUGCCGCCGGGGGGAAGCAUAGCGCCUCGACGUCGGGGGAGACCAGCGGAAGUUUAGGCGGCAGGUUCUCGCUUUUCGGGCUGGGGAAACACGCACCGUCACCGUCUUCCAAUCCCCCCGGUGAAGCCGAAGCGGAGCAUCCCCCCACCCCACUAGACAACGGUACGGACACUGCAGGGCAGGAGUACAUCGACGCCGCCCUCGACGAGGCCGCGGCGGUGAUCUUCUACGCGUACCCGCGCUUCCCGCAUGACGUGCGCGAGCUCACGAUCCUCCGCAACCUGCUGGGUGAGCGGUGGGGCAAGGAGUUCAUGGCGCUGGCGCAGGAGGAUGCCGUGCCGGGCGUGCGGGUGCCGGCCCGCGUGGUCAAGGUGCUGCGCGUGCGCGCGCCGUCGGCCGAGUUGGUGGAUUGUUAUCUGAGGGAGAUUGCGCGGGCUUAUGGCGUUGCUUGGGGGGGUGGGGAGGAUCUUGUUGAGGGGGGUGGGGAUGUGCCGACGACCUCUGGGUUGGAUGGUGAUGGUGAUGAUGAUGGUGAUGAUGGGGAUGGUGCCCCCGGGAAUGGGGGAGAUCCGUCGACACCGAUACGCCGACAGCGCUCGCCGGUCGAGAGCGAAGCGCGCCGGGCGUCGGAGACCCUCGCGCUGAAUCAGGCGACGCCGCCCAGGGGCUGGCAGCAGGGGAAGAGUUUCGUGAGUGUGGCGCCGCCGGGGCCCAGGGUGGAUAAUUUGCAUCCCCGCGUGAGGGUGCCCGGCGAUGCGGAUUAUCCGCCCUCGACGACGACGACGGUGGGCGAGGCUGGAGUGCCUGCCAGUGGGGCGAAAGCGAAGAGUGAUAUACCGGAGUUGGAUGAGUUGACGAGGCGGUUUGCUGCGUUGAGGCGGUAGUUUGGCUUACACGUGGCUUUGGGACCGGUGGUGGUGGUGGUGGUUACGAUUCGUGUGCAUACUUACGCUGGUUUAU